AUGCAACCGGCACCCUGUGACACCCAGCCCUACACAUCUGACACAUGUACCAUCAGCCGUAUACACCCGGCACCCUGUGACGCCCAACCCUACACAUCUGACACAUGUACCAUCAGCCGUAUACAACCGGCACACUGUGACACCCAGCCCUACACAUCUGACACAUGUACCAUCAGCCGUAUACACCCGGCAUCUUGUGACGCCCAGCCCUACACAUCUGACACAUGUACCAUCAGCCGUAUACACCCGGCAUCUUGUGACGCCCAGCCCUACACAUCUGACACAUGUACUAUCAGCCGUAUACAACCGGCACCCUGUGACACCCAGCCCUACACAUCUGACACAUGUACCAUCAGCCGUAUACAACCGGCACACUGUGACACCCAGCCCUACACAUCUGACACAUGUACCAUCAGCCGUAUACACCCGGCAUCUUGUGACGCCCAGCCCUACACAUCUGACACAUGUACCAUCAGCCGUAUACACCCGGCAUCUUGUGACGCCCAGCCCUACACAUCUGACACAUGUACUAUCAGCCGUAUACAACCGGCACCCUGUGACACCCAGCCCUACACAUCUGACACAUGUACCAUCAGCCGUAUACACCCGGCACCCUGUGACGCCCAACCCUACACAUCUGACACAUGUACCAUCAGCCGUAUACAACCGGCACACUGUGACACCCAGCCCUACACAUCUGACACAUGUACCAUCAGCCGUAUACACCCGGCAUCUUGUGACGCCCAGCCCUACACAUCUGACACAUGUACCAUCAGCCGUAUACACCCGGCAUCUUGUGACGCCCAGCCCUACACAUCUGACACAUGUACUAUCAGCCGUAUACACCCGGCACCCUGUGACACCCAGCCCUAA